UAGUUGGCCUAUUCAACAUCAAUAUCAGGAUCACCACCUCUCCCUCCAUUCAUAAAACACCUCCUUCCUCCCAAUACUUUUCUUCCUAGUUCUCCCACCGAACCCCACACCUUCCUUAUGGAUUGCUUGGUGUUGCCGGUGACGUUGAUCAGACGGCGCUCCACUAGUUCCCGCCUCGGCUAUAGGCCCCUCGCUCACGACGGCUUCGACGAACCCGACGGUCCCGUGACGGUUGUUGUCGGAAAAGAGAAGAGGGUCUUUCUGGUUGAACAGUUUGUGUUGCAGGAAUACCCGUUUCGGCUUUUGAUGGAGACGGUGACGAAAGGGAAGGUACGGGAUUUGCGAGGAGGGGUGAUCUUUGUGGACGUGGACGCCAUUUUGUUCGAGCACAUGUUGUGGCUCUUGCACAAUGAUUCUUCAUCUCUGCUCAACCUCAACCUGAAGGAGAUAAUUGACUUCUAUGCUCAGGAGGAUUGUUAAGAGUAAGUCCGUCGGCCGGAAACAGAGGUACUCUGUUUUACAUCUGAGAAUGAGAGUGCCUCCCUGAUUGUGAGAGGCAACGAUUUGUUAUACUUGUAUACAUCGUGGCCUGUUUCUUCUGAAUAAGCCUGAUCUAUUGUCUGAUCUCCAAACAAUGACAACAACAAAAGAGGAAGAUAAUGAUAUCGAGUAAUAGAUGUUAUGUAGUUGCUGUUUAAUUAUGUAAUUGACAUCCAUGUGAUUCUACAAGUUCUGCCACACAUCCUUUGCGUCGACUUGUUGAGAGCAAUUUUAGAUAAUAUCAGGCGUCUAAUUGAAUUCUCAACCGUAAA